CAAGUGGCUACUCCUCACGUUGUGCGAAAAAUUCUCCGUUACAAACAAGAGAAUCCAUCCAUCUUCGCAUGGGAAAUACGAGACCUACUGAGAAAUCAGCGAGUGUGCGAUGAACAGUCCAUUCCCAGCGUAUCAUCCAUCAACAGAAUUCUCAGGAACAGCGGACAUGUUGUCUUAGAUGACGCUAUCACAUCAAAUGGUGCUCAGCCGCCGAGCUUGAACCCGGUGCCAACGUGCUAUACAUCUCCUUAUUUAUUACCAGAAUCUCCACUGCUUUCGACUUCUGCUACUGCACUGACAACGACACUGAGCAGACAAAGUAGUGUAGAAGUAGCACCCAUUCACAGCGAUGGCAUCGUCAUCGCAAAUCCCGGGCCUUCUCGAAGUACAAUAGAAGCUUCCCCUGAUGCAUCCCAUUCCAUCAAAAUGAGUUCCUCACCUCAAAGAGCAGAGACCAAAUCUGCUGGAGGUUAUUCUAUAGAAGAACUUCUUAAACCUACAAGGGGAAAAGUGAAAAGGAAAAAAUCAGAAUCUGACGAUGACUGCGAUCCUGAAAUCAAAACAGCAAUUGGAGCACCUGCAGCGAAGGCUGCCCGGCUUCAGAUUCCUGAGGUACUUCCUGCAGAGCUGAAUGCACCUCUUCUGACCAGACCUUCUCUUCUUAAUGCUAGUAAUUCUCAGCUCCACUGCUGGACACCGACUGCCGGCGGGUCCGGACUGUCUGCCUUCUCCUUCCCACGAUUUGUACCUGGGGUUGUCACAUUUCCCUGUCCUUACUUUCCAUCACCGUCUUUACCCCACAAUCCAAGUAUCUAUCCCUCUGUGUAUGCUCUUAGAAAAGAAUUUCCAAAUAAAUGA